GAUCCGCGCGUCCAGUCUAGAUAACAUCCAUCCAAAAAACCCGCAGCUCUCUCCAAACCCCCUUCAAUUUCCAUAUAUUCACACUCCUGCCACAUUUGCCAUUUUCAAUUUUUAUUCUCCCUUCUUCUGUAGUUAUCCUCAACGAUGGCGAGAGGUGCUUCUCAAUCGCAAACCACCUCCUCUUCUUCCUCUUCCCGUGCUGGAGUUGCGGCUCCUCGCGGCUCCGCUGCCGCCACUGCUGGGAUGCGCCGCCGCCGCGUCUUAUCCUCCGGAUCCUCCUCCGGCGGUGGUAGCGGUAGCGGAAUCGGAGCCCCUGGCGGCAACAUGCUUCGAUUCUACACCGAUGAUGCGCCGGGCUUGAAGAUCUCGCCCACGAUAGUCCUGGUGAUAAGUCUCUGCUUCAUUGGCUUUGUCACUGCUCUCCAUGUCUUUGGCAAGCUAUAUCGCAGCAAGGUUAGUCCCUGAGCGUACAACCCGAAUAAAAAAAAAAGGAUCGCUUUCUAUUUCGGAUCUUUGACUCGGCAGUUGAAUGCUUUGUUUCCUUUUUUUUUUUUUUGAUAUUUCUGUAAAUAAUCAUGGCAGGAAAAAAGGUUGCGGAUAGUUUUGUUUCUUUUCCUUUGGAUAGUAUUGUUACUUUCAAAGUAACUUUUUUAUUUUACUUUAUGUAUUUAUUUA